AUGCAUCUCAUGUACACCGUCGACGACAAGGGCAACCGCCUGUACACCCUCAAAAAGGUCGCCCAGGGACAGGUCACCAAGAGCGCGCACCCGGCGCGCUUCUCGCCCGACGACAAGUGGUCGCGCCAGCGCGUGACGCUCAAGCGUCGCUUCAACCUGCUCCUGACCCAGCAGAAGGAGGAGGAGCAGUAG